CUAGAAAAGAAAGCAAUAAAACGGUGUAGGAUGCUGGAAAAAUUGAGAACAGCUUGGAGAUCAGGUUCAAUUUCCGUCGCUUCCGGUCUACGUUCCUUCGAGGCGCAAAAAUCAUUUAUCGAGCAUGCGCACAACCCCAGGGGAGUACUUUACCCAUGUUUGGGUACAGGGGCUACCUAGUGUUAGAAAAACCCAACCUUGUUUAGGUCAAAGAAAACCUAAAGUGCCUACCCCGAGGUGGUCAACAACUCCUUUCCCAUCACUUUUUUGGGAUACAGGAUUGGAUGUAAUCAGAGGAUACCUAUUACAACUACUGUCUUGUCCUGAAAAUUAUCUGAGUUUGACUGAUGACCAUUAAAAGAUCUCGCAAACGUCUCCGAUCAUGGGUUACUGAACUCUACCUUAUACUUUGUUUAUAAUAGGUUCAGACCCUGCUUACGACAGACGAAUAAAAUUAUACACCCUGUUCAAGCAGCAAGACCAAAACCCAGGAGCUCCUGCAAAACCUAAUCCCUGUUGGGUGGCAUGCCCUCGGAUACGCCACCCGAUAAAUCCCCCGGAUAAACCACGGAAAUGUUGGUCCCCCGGAUAAACCACGGAAAUGUUGGUCUAUUCUUAACCUUGAGAACGAGGUUGGGUCUAUCAUUGCUUCCAUGAAUUGACAGUCGUGUAUCGUGUAUCCCACUCACGCCCAUCAGGGACGGGCAACGAGGUACGGGAAGGUGGAGGGAGAAACGGGUAUUCAUAUGUAAAAGUGACAGGGAUGAUCGUUAAGUCACGUUUUUACCUCUCAGGGGUUUAAUGCCACAAUCACUUACUGGAAAAACAUCGCAAACUUCAAGCGCGCACGCGCACGUGGAUAGAUAGUUGGAAGUAAAAGAAAAGGUCGAAAAGGUAUAUUUUAUGUGAAAGCAUGUUCUUUGACAAACAUAAUCCAUAAGUGAUCGUGGGGAAUCUUUCGGUACAGAGUGCUCGGUUCAAUACUUAGAGAAUAUUGGACAUUUUGCAGGAGUCCAUGACCCUCUGAAUAAGCUUAGUCGUGUAAUAAACAGAGGUACUGGAAAAUGACAACCGUUGGCAAAGGUAGCAUUCGAGGCUUUAUCGUCAGAUCGUUCGCCCGGGUCGUCAUGAAUCUGGCUUCACUCCAUACCCGUACCCCUACAAUCAGCUAAACUUGGCACCAGUCCAUACUCAGAACGCUGGAAGUGCACUUGAUCAAUGAAAACAAAGAUGGCGGAAGAAUUGGAAGAGAGAUUAAGUGAGGUAGACAAUAAUAGAACAUUACUCAGCCCGGAAAAAAUCUGGAGUUACCUAAAUAGUGAGGAAUGUUCUGCGAUUGACAUUUCUCCAGAUACUACAGACAGUCUCUUUCGAUUUCUGGAAGAUCACAAAGAACCGCCAAGCUCAGACAAUGACUCAUGCACUGUGACUCCAGAGGAUCAGAAACAGCUGGAACAAGCAGUGGCAUGCCUCGUCAAAAUUAUCCAUCUCAUUCAUCAUGCAAAUUUAAGCAACCAACAUCAAUUACUGGUGGAUACUCCUUCGCUAUUAAAGAGGUUUCUGGAAAUUAUGCAUCUCAGAGAUUUACGAGCUCAUUUCUCCAGGAGUGUAUGUAUGCUUGAUGCAAUUCCCAAGAUCCUAGAUUUUGAAGACUCUGCAGUACUUCAGGCUGUGUUUGUAGGAGUUGGGUGUUUUGAAGCUAUCAUUUCUGUUCUGGACUAUGAGUGCCAAAGUGCAGACAUACAGAACACCUUGUACAAGAGUUGUGUGCUGGCAAUACAGAGAAUCAUGCUUGCAUCACCAGCUGCUAAGGAAGUGUUCAAAGAUAGUGUGGGCUUUGAAAAGUUUUGCAGUUAUCUCCAAAGACUUCAGUCACCAUCUAGAGAAUUCAUUCAGCUACUGUUUGAUUGGGUGGUAGAAGGUGUGUACACUGAAGAAAAUAAAGUGAUCAACAAUGUGGAUGUUAUCCUGCUUAUUCUUAAUUGGGUUCCUUCUUUAUCAGUGGACAACAAAAGACAUGUGACAGAAUCUAUCAGACACUUGUGCAAGUUUUCUAUGCAUAAUGCUAUGUUAUGUAGCACGAGUGGUGUGUUCAGUAAAGUUGUGAUGCUUUUGGAAUCUGAGGCACAGAACAUUGACAUCACCUGGGCAGAGUCCCUGAUUGGUAUGCUGGAAGCCAUUGGUGCCCAUUCUGUGACAUCAUGUGAACUCAAACAGAUGAUUGGUCUCUUCACGCCUCUUGAGAAUGGCACACAGAUUCCUUUUGCUCACAGACUUCUCCAAGCUCUUGUGAAAAUGUCAUUUAGUAGUAGCCGCUUGAGAGCAAAACAUUUCUUUGACCUACACCACCCCUCUGCGGGUAUCUCAGUUCCAGGAAUCCAAAAAUGGUCUGGAAAUAGUUUUACAUUCCAUGCCUGGGUUUGCCUGGAUCCAGUUGAAAUCAAAGAAAGGAGCAAUUUAAGCAUGGAAAGAAAGAUAUUUCACUAUCGGCGAAAUCUUUACAGCUUUUUUACCACUUCUGGAGUUGGUUUAGAGGCGUUUUUUUCCUCAACUGGGCAUCUAGUUGUGGCAGUGUGCAACAGAAAGGAAUACAUGACUGUGACUGUACCAGUUUGUCAGCUGUGUGACCAAACCUGGCAUUCUGUUGCGAUUGCGCAUCUUCCUUCCCGUCGUCCUUUUGGUCAGAGCACAGUGUCUGUGUAUGUUGAUGGUGCACUCAUGAUCAAUUGUCCAAUGAAGUUCCCUUCUCUCUCAGAGGAUCUCGCAAGUUGUCAAAUUGGAUCUGGUGACCUGCAGACCAUCUGUACACCAAAAGACCUAGAGGACACUAAAAGCGCUCCCCGAAAGUUUACGUUCUCUUUUCCAGGGUUAUCUGAGACCGUUUCACCCCACUGUGCCACCAUCGCUGCUGGGUCACAGCAUUAUGUGUGGGGCAUCCCAACAUCUCUGCAGGGGCAGUUAGGCCCCGUAUGUGUGUUCAGUGAAGGACUCCAGGAGAAUUACAUCACUGCGUUACAUGCUGCAGGCCCAAAUAAUCUUAACCUGUUUCAGCCAGUUGAUCCGGCCAGCUCUACACAGUCUGCUCUUAAUGACUUAUCUCUUAAACUGGUUCUUUUCUACAAUUCAAAGGCUGGUCGUGAUCACAUGUGCAGUGAUUUGACGCCGGUACAACCAGGACGAGUUCAACUAGAUGGCAGGUUAACUGGUCAUAGAUGUACCACCUGGGACAUGAAGGACGUUCUUCGCUGUAUCGGUGGCAUGAAGAUAUUUUUGCCGUUGUUGGAGCAGAUCUCAAAUUUUGAGCCACCGAAGCCUUCACGUAUCGACAGCAGUGAACAACUGGAAGUGUUUGAUUUGGAGCAGUCAGAAGCGAAAACGGGAGAUGCCAUUGAAAGGCACCUCAGCUCCGGUUCAGAAGCAGAAUCCACCCAAUCAGAGACAAUUGAGCCCGCAAACAGUUGGCCCAGCGGCUCUGCUAGUGCUAGCCCUCCGUGUGCAGAACCGGAAGAGGAAUGGGUCUACAUCAACGAUAACUACGAUCUUCGAUUUUACAAGAAGGAAAUUUACAGACUCUGCAAGUCACGCAACUGUAAUGGCGUUGCAUUGUUCAUGUUUUUACUUUUAAGUAUUUUGAAAGGACACGACGUAAAGGACGAAGAAUUUGCAGAAACGCUUUGUUACGUCGGUAGCAUAUUACGAAACAUGGACGUUAAGCUCAUAAACGUUCAAGUAUUGAGAUCGUUACAAGCACUGGUGGAAUGCGUGACGAACGAGACUGUGUUACAAAGUGUUUUCGAGAAUUUGUUAUUUGAUUUCCGCAUUUGGAGCUCUAGUGAAUUUAACGUGAGGAUCGGACACAUUCAAUUCAUAUCCACGCAGAUCAAAGAUUCUCCGCAGAUUUUUCGUACGGAAUACGGUGUGAGAUUUUUUCUUGAUGUAAUCACUCAAUACUAUGCAGAGAAUUCACAGAUGGGUAAUUCCGCUGGCCGGAACCGAGAGAAUGAAGUACAGCUGACUCAGGAGGAAGUAAAGAUUAUCAGAGCGUCGUUGUUAGGAUUGAUUAAGUUUUACCUGACGGAGAAAGUGAAACGAGAGGAAGUUUGGUUUAUUGUGGAAUACUUGAGUUGCGUGACAGAUCCUGAACAAAUCACAGAAGUUUUAGACGUUCUCAUGUCACUUUGUGAACGAGCGUCCAAGAGUAAGAUGGCCAAACGACUCUCAGAUCCCAGACACAUCCCAGUUUUUGUCACUCUACUCAUCAAUAACAGAAACGAAGAUCUUCGUCUCAAGAUCCUCAAACUGAUGGCCGACGUCAUAGCGUCUCAAAACGUCCCUGAGGGCAACAGAAGCUACUGGCAUCUAAAACCUAUAGGGUUCUCAGCGAUGACAAAGCUCCUUUCGGAUGACGCCUCUGAGCCCCUCAUACAAAGUCUCGUCAGGCUGGCCGUGUCUGAGCACGAUGCAAACAAAGGCGUUGAUGUGUUGAUGCACUAUCACGUGGUACUUGCCGUGCUGGAAUUGCUUGAGAACAUGGGACUGGAAACGAAGCUGUUUGUGAGUCACAUGAUUCUGCGAUCAAUUGAUGCUAACCAUGUUAGCCUAUCACGGUGCGCUAAGGAGUUUGGGUGGCAUGUGACGCUGCUCAGACUGAUCACGGGCCCAUUUGGUGCGCCACGAUGUACUAGUGACGUAGAUGAGCAGAAUGGAAGUGUCCUUGAAGAAAGAAGAAGGAGUGAAGAAGAUUUGAUCGACACUGUAUUGGAAAUCGUGUUCAGAGUGAUGUGGAGAGGUGUAGAGGGCUUUGGAGAAAGUGACUGGAGGGUGCGCGGUCAAGCUAUAGCGGCAGUGAGUAUAAUUUCCUCUGCUGAGACCUUUUUGGUCCCUCAUCGUGUCAUUGAGAGGCGCCUUCUGGAGCUUUGCCUGCAGGGGGCCGUUCAUGACAUCAAGGUGUCCGGACAGACAGGCGAAUCUGAGACCCAUAAUGCGCUAAUGGUGAUGCGCUUGGUUGAAGAUUUCAUCUUUACUCCAGCUGCCAUUGCUGGAGCGGGAUCAGAAAAUGAAUCAGACACUUGGAGCGUAAAGCUUGUUGAAAAUGUCGUGCUUCUUCUUGAAGUAUUAAACGUCUGGGAUGAGAACGAAGAAAACGUGGAAUGGGAGGAAAUGGCUCAGGUGGGAAUGCGGAUUCUUUUGGCUUUCAUUGCUCGUCCGGAAACAGAAUAUUGUGCUACUGCCUCGUCCAAGCUUAGCAAGCUCUUAAAGGCCCGGAUUAAUACGUCACAAGGAGAGCUUUGUUACACUCUAGGUCGAUUACAUCAAGCUUUUGUCGCGUCAAGAGGAAAAGCCGAGUGUCGCAAUUACACCUUCAUCGUGCCCGUUGUUCGCGUGUUGCUCCUCAAGUACCACUAUACCUUACCGCUGAUCAUCUACAUGCCUACGUUCUCCGCCGCUGACUGCGCCCAACUGCAGGCUCAGGAGGAUUUUCUGGAGCUGAUGGAGAGUGAAGAAUUUAAGGCCAUGAUGAAACAGCAGAUAUACCCUGGAAUGAAACAGUACGAAAACACCUUCUCAGAGUCAACUUUAGCCUCAGGUCGCUUCUGGAUGGAUUGCCUCACAGGUCUGACAGAAAGCUUGAAAAACAAAGACAAAGCUGAAGAGGAAAGCCGUGAGAAGUUUGAAGAACAAAUUACGUGGCCAUUUAAACAACUUCAAGAUUCACAGCGAGAACACGUCAAGAAUUUGCCAAAGGAACAAGAACACCACAGGAGUGAUGUGGCUCGACAGUGGAAAAUGUUGAAGAGAAUGUUGAUGUCAGAAAGAUCUCCAUGGGGGAGGAGGUUACAGGAAUCGCACUGGAAACUCUCUUCCACAGAGAACUUUCACCGCAUGCGCCUCAAACUGACACAAAACUAUUUAUUUACGCUUCAUACCGAAGCUAGUCGCGCGCGUGACAACGCGGACACGCGAGACUCGCGCGAAGCUUCCGUGCCCGUGCUUGUCGCGAAAGAGGCUGUUGUACAAAACGUGGACGAGGACGUUCUUGAAGUCGAGGAUCCCGGAAGUCCAGUUGGUAAAGAGAGGCAACGGACAAUUUCGGAAACAGAAAAACCAGUUUUGGGUGAGGUUUGUGAACUAAUAACACUUAUGGAUAUUGUCCCUGGGAAGCUGGAGAUCACCACUACGCAUGUCUACUUCUAUGCGGAUGAGACCGCUGGUCAGGAUUUUCAAUGGCCGUUGAGCGAGCUGAGAGAAGUCCAUUUAAGACGGCACAAUCUUAGAAGAAGCGCUCUUGAGUUCUUUUUGAUUGAUCAGACAAAUUACUUCUUAAACUUCAAUAAGGAGACCCGCAACAAGGUUUAUAAGAAGAUUAUGUCCCUACGGCCCCGUAAUCUGUACUACAUUGGUGCGAGAUCCCCAGCGAACUUACUCAAGGCGUCAGGGCUCACAGAAAAGUGGGUACACAGAGAGAUAUCCAAUUUUGAGUACCUCAUGCAGCUGAACACCAUCGCUGGAAGAACCUACAACGACCUGAGUCAGUAUCCAGUGUUCCCUUGGGUCCUUGUGGACUAUGACUCAGAAGAGUUACGUCUUGAUGACCCUGCCGUGUACAGGGACCUUUCCAAGCCCGUAGGGGCACAGAAUCCAAAUAGAGUACAAUCCCUACGAGAUAGGUACGACACCUUUGAAGAUCCAUGUGGACUAGUCGCCAAAUUUCACUACGGUUCACAUUACUCAAGCUCCGCAGGCGUUCUUCAUUACAUGCUCCGCGUGGAACCCUUCACCACACUUCAUGUUAAACUUCAGAGCGGACGGUUUGACUGCGCAGACAGACAGUUUCACAACAUCUCUUCCUCGUGGGAUUCAAUUUACUCCAAAGGCGGCGAUGUUAAAGAGCUUAUACCUGAGUUUUUCUAUUUUCCAGAUUUCUUGGUCAACUCUAACAGAUUUGAUCUUGGCCACCUUCAGCGAGGAGGACCUGUCGAUGACGUCAUUCUUCCUCGCUGGGCGACCUCGCCUGAAGACUUCGUGUUCAAACACAGGAGAGCUUUGGAAUCUGAUCACGUGUCAUCACACUUGCACGACUGGAUUGACUUGAUAUUCGGCUACAAACAAAAGGGACCCGCUGCAGCUGAGGCAUUGAACGUGUUUUACUAUUGUACUUAUGAAGGAGCUGUAGAUCUUGACGCCAUUACUGACCCUGCCGAGCGAGUGGCGACUGAAGGAAUGAUUAACAACUUUGGUCAAACUCCAAUCCAGUUACUCGGCCAGCCACAUCCACAGCGCAUGUCUGCUGACGACGCCGCAAAGUUUAAGGCAGCAAAGAGCGCGGGCACAAGCCGAACACUGGAGAAUGUGUUUGAGAACUUCGAUAAGUUGAAAGCAUAUUUUGUUACCGUAUCUGAUGCUACAGACCCGCUGGUGUUCACUGCAGUUUCCCAGGUACACACCAGAUCACUAAUUCAUUCAGGCAUGCCUGAACACAUGAUCACUAUCAGCCAGAAUGGCGUUGUGGGAUUGCAAGACUGGUUGCCUUACUCUAAGACGAGGACAAAACCUUUCACCUUUGAACUUGACCCUUCUUUGUCAUCAAACAGAUUACGCCGUUGUAUCGCGGGCCCAUUCAGUCCUGACUUGCAGGUUUCAUCGCACUUGUUCGCCAUUACCCAUGAUGCCAAGUUGAUGAUAACCGCUGGACACUGGGACAACAGUUUCCGAGUUUUCAAUACAAAGGGAAAACAGCUAGCCAGAAUUGUGGCUCAUACAGACGUGAUUACUUGCGUCUCGUUGGAUGACGAUGGUCAUCACCUGAUCACCGGAUCACGUGACACCACAUGCCGCCUGUGGGAAAUCACUCAUCAGGGAGGGGUGGCUCAGGAGUUGAAGCGUACGCCUCUGCAGACCUUAUAUGGUCAUGACAAGCCAGUCACAUGUGUUGCCAUGAGUUGGGAGCUUGACAUGGCGGUCAGCGGUUCACAGGAUGGAACCUGCAUCAUUUACACAGCGCGAAAAGGAGAAUAUGUGGUUACGCUAAGGCCCAUGGGAACGGCUUCCUGUUCACAGCUCAGCCCUUGUCACGUGACCAGCCUAGCUCUGUCCGAAUAUGGAAACAUUGUGGUGUUCUGCAAGCAAGAAUCAAAUCUUGCCCUGUGUAGAUACUCUAUCAAUGGAAAACUUCUGUCAAAAGACGCUAAAUUAAAAGAAGAUGUCGUCGAUAUUUUAAUUUCUGGCGAAUAUCUUGUUACUGGAGGUAUCAAUGGAAAACUGGAAAUCAGGCAGUUACACAGUUUCCAAGUGUUAAAAAAGAUGAAUCUUUUAGUUCCAAUUCGUUCCGUCUCGCUGGCGAGAGGGAACACUCACAUCUUCGUUUGUCUCCAAGAUGGCAAGCUCAUCGUCAUUGGUGUAGAAAGCUCGUGAGGUCAGCCACGUCAUCGAAUAUCACAUGACGCACGUGAACGCACGUGACGCAAUAUGGCAAGCUCAUCAUCAUUGGUGUAGAAUUCUCGUGACGUCAGCCACGUCAUCAAAUAUCACGUGACGCACGUGAAUCUCCGCUUAAAUGACAAUUUCCUUUUUUAAAUAAUCGCCAUGGCAUCCAUGGUUUUCAGGAAGAGAAUAUUUCAAACAGUCUAUCCGUUACCUGUUUGGUCAAGUAGAAAGUUGAAGUGUAAAUUUGUGGGAACUGGCUCAAGUUUCCUGUUGGAUAAUAUUGACCCGUCUAGAACUUGCUUGAAACUGAACGCAGUAACGCUCAAGUGUAGUUAAUUAUAUUAGUUUCAACAUAACUUAUAGUUAGGAUUCCUUCACACUGUAAUAAAAUUCAAUUUCAAAUUGUUUCAUUCCCAGUCGUUAAAUGUGACGUCACAGAGGGUGUUGUGUGACCAGCCAUGUAACGAGUGACAAGUGUUAUAAGACUUUCAUUUUAAGAUGCUAUUUUUGAGUACCGUGGAAAAAUUUCAACUCAACCCUGUUUAAAAUGUAAACAACUGUCUUCACCAAUUCUAACGCUCAUUGUAAGAUAAAAAAUUAUUUAUUGGAAGUUCCCUCUAGAAAGCACAAGUGGAAGUAUAUUUUAGACACAAUGUGUUGUCUUCUGUUCUUAGUAGUUUUUGUUUUUGUUUGUUUUUGUUUGUUGUUGUUGUUGUUGUUUUUUCAUUUUGACAUCAUGUUUGUCAGUUUAAACUAUUUUCCCUAGUCUACAAAAACUACAAAAUCUAAUUUUGCAGAUCCAAGAUGGCGGAUUAAAUGAUGUCAUAUACCAUAAUCAACUACAGAACACCAUCUUACCUUGUAGAGCAAGCUCUAGAUUAUGUAAUACAUGUACCAUAAUUGUUUCA